UUCACUCGCCUCCUCCUACCGCACCUACCUCCCUCCCUCCUCCUCUUCGAUCUCACAAUCUCCUUGUUCGCGGAACCGAAAAUGCAGUCGAGGCACAGGGUGUUCGCGGAGGACCUGCUCCUGCCGCGGGAGGCGGAAGGGGAGGACCACUUCGACCGCGUCCCGGACUCGCUCGUGCUCCUCAUCUUCAACCGCCUCGCCGACGCGCGCUCGCUGGGGCGGUGCUCGGCCGUGUCCAAGCGGUUCAACUCGCUCGUGCCGCUCGUGGACGACGCCUGCCUCCGCAUCGACCGCGUCAUCACCGACGCGGCCGACGCCGACGACGCGCUCGGCCUCGCCGGCCCGCGCCCCGCCGGCCGCGGGGUGCUGUCGCACCUCCUCAAGGCGAUGCUGCUCGCCGUGCUCAAGCCGUUCGGGCACUGCGACGCCGGGGUCAGGGGUGGCGGUGGUGGGGAGCGCGCGGGGAAGCACGGCGGCGGCGGCGGCGGCUGCGGCGCGCAGCAGCACCACUCGCCGGCGCAGGUGCUGAAGAACUUCAGCAGCAUCCGGAACCUCCGGAUGGAGCUCCCCGUCUCCGACGUCGGCACCGACGACGGGGUGCUGCUCAGGUGGAAGGCCGUGUUCGGGAGCACCCUCCAGAGCUGCGUCAUCCUCGGCGGCACCAGGGUGGACCGGGCCGCCGCCCCCGCCGCGGCGGCGGCGACCGCCACCGCCGCCGGGGACAGCGAGGCCUCGCAGGGUGACGACACCGGGAGCAUCCCGGAGUCGUUCUACACCAACGGCGGGCUCAAGCUGCGCGUGGUGUGGACCAUCAGCUCCCUCAUCGCCGCGGCCACAAGGCACUACCUCCUCCGCGAGAUCGUCAAGGAGCACCCCACGCUGGAGCGGGUGGCGCUCACGGACGCGCACGGCCAGGGCACGCUCAGCAUGGGGCGCGACCAGAUCAGGGAGUUCCGCGACAAGCCGCUCGCCGCCGCCGCCGCGGCCAACCGCACCCAGGUCCCCGCCUGCAACAUGAAGCUCCGGUACGCGCCGAUGCUCGAGCUCUCCGACGGCACGCGGAUCCAGGGCGCCACGCUCGUCGUCAUCAAGCCCGUCGGCGAGGCCGGCGGAAUCGGCGGCGGCAGGAAGGAGCUCGACGAGUUCGUCGCCGACGCAUUCGACGGCCCGUACAGGGAGGCCGUCAGCGCGCUCAGCAAGCGCCGCACCUACCUGCUAGAGAUGAACGGCUUCUGAGAGCGUAGAGUUGAGAACUUGAGAUCGCCACCCACCACCAUGGCCCGUGCAGAGAUCGCUCUGCUCUCUUCGCUUCAGCUGAUCAGCUAUUCAGCUCAGCUCGAUUCAGUGGCACACCGAGGUGUUCGUCCAUGUUGUAACAGCGAUCGUGUGUCUCCUCGACUUUUCGAUACUGCCUUAGCAUCAUCCUCGCAACAAAUAAUGGAAUUAGAAAUUUGGAAUGCUUCACUUGGUUCUGUCCAUUUCAUGAAUCGACAAAAUGGAAUUAAGCAACCACAUUGUCAAAUCCUGCACCUUUCUUGAGAGAAACUCUCUGCCAUUCUGAAGUGAAACUUAUGGCUGUGCUUCUUAUAACAGAAGCCGGAGAGCCGGAGAUGUAAUCUAUGUCCAUUAUAUAAAAAUUCAGAAGUGAAACUGCAUCCAAUUUGCAAUUU